UAUAUAUAAUAUAUAAAUUUUAUAUUUUAUAUACAUACAUCCAUACGUGAGGUGUGUAUACGGUGGAGGUGUACGCACCUCAAACUACACACACACCGCCUUUCAAUGGCGACAACAACCCUCGCAUUUCCUCCUCGAACGUAAAUUUCCCAGAACGGUUCGGAGUUUCUAAGCGAACGGGAACGCCAUUCUUUUUUUAUUUUUUUAUUUGAAUUGGUCGGAGAAAGGUCGAAUCUUGAAUCUUGAAGUUGACACCAAUGGCCGACACCGCCGCGGCCACCGCGUCGAGCGCCGUGAAGCCCGCGGUGGCGAAAAGCUUCGGCAAGAAAGAUCUCCAGGGAGGGCUUCUGUUGGGGAGGUUCGAAGUCGGGAGGCUCCUGGGGCACGGGACUUUCGCCAAGGUGUACCAAGCUAGGAACGUGAAAACCGACGAGAGCGUGGCGAUCAAGGUGAUCGACAAGGAGAAGAUCCUCAAGGUCGGGCUUAUCGGACAUAUCAAGCGGGAGAUCUCGAUUCUCCGGCGGGUUCGCCACCCCAACAUCGUCCAGCUCUACGAGGUAAUGGCGACCAAGACAAAAAUCUUCUUCGUCAUGGAAUACGUGAAAGGCGGGGAGCUUUUCAAUAAAGUCGCCAAAGGGAGGCUCAAAGAAGACGCCGCCCGGAAAUAUUUCCAGCAAUUGAUCUCCGCCGUGGCGUUUUGCCACGCCCGCGGCGUUUACCACCGCGAUUUGAAGCCGGAGAACAUCCUGAUCGAUGAAUGUGGCAAUGUGAAAGUCUCCGAUUUCGGGUUGAGCGCUAUUUCGGAACAGAUAAAACAGGACGGGCUAUUCCACACGUUUUGCGGCACGCCGGCGUACGUCGCGCCGGAGCUUUUGGCCAGAAAAGGCUACGACGCGGCGAAGGUGGAUAUAUGGUCAUGCGGGGUAAUCUUGUUUGUUCUAAUGGCAGGUUAUUUACCUUUCCACGACCAAAACGUUAUGGCUAUGUAUAAGAAGAUCUACAAGGGUGAAUUUAGGUGUCCUAGGUGGUUCUCUCCUGAAUUGAUCCGACUUCUCACUCGAUUACUCGAAACAAAUCCAUCAACAAGGAUGACAAUUCCGGAGAUAAUGACUAAUAAAUGGUUCAAGAGGGGAUUUAAGGAUGUUAAGUUUUACAUUGAGGAUGACAAAUUGUGUAAUAUUAUUGAUGAUGGGGAGAACAACAAUGGCAGUGUGACUGAUUCUAUGUCUGAUUUAUCUGAAUCAGAGUCUGAGAUAGAGAGCAGGAAGAGACUAAGUACUGUGCGAAAGCCCGCUAGCUUGAAUGCAUUUGACAUUAUUUCGUUUUCUCGUGGAUUCGAUUUGUCUGGAUUGUUUGAGGAGGGGGGAGAUGGAGGGAGGAUCAUUUUGGAGGCACCUGUGUAUAUGAUAGUGAAUAAACUGGAGGAGAUUGCAAAGGUGGAGAGUUUCAAGGUGAGGAAGAAGGACUUCAGAGUGAGCCUGGAGGGGUCCAAGGAGGGGGCGAAGGGGCCGCUCACAAUUGCUGCUGAGAUAUUCGAAUUGACACCGUCUUUGAAAGUUGUGGAGGUGAGGAAGAAAGGAGGGGAUAGAGGGGAGUACGAGGAUUUUUACAACCGGGAACUGAAGCCCGGUUUACAGAGCCUAUCACUCGAAGAUCCUGCUAAUUCUGGACAAUUGCCUUCGGAUUCUGAAUAGAGGAGGGAGAAGGGAAAAGGGAUGGAAGCUCUGCGCCUGCAAUGACUGGUUAGGAUUGCAUCUCCACUCGAAGGAAAAACUGCAAAAACCCAAGACUCAGAACCACAACCAACCCAAAUCUGGGUUCAAUUCAUUUCCCAGUUUCAAUCAAUCAAUACCCACUAAAGAAAUGGUGUUAAUAUCUGAACUGCAAUUUGAUUGGUUGGCAUUAUUAUCUGAUAUUCAUUGUCACUACUGUAUUACAUGGGAAAGAGAAGAAAAGAAAAGUGAUGUAGAGUCCAAAAAAAAAUCAUUCAUAAAUUCUUGAUUCUGGUGGUUUUUGAUUCACUGGGUGUUGCAGUGUUGCCAACUUGCCAUCAGUUUUGUCUCCUAGCUUUCUGAUAUGUUCUUGGGUCAAGUGGAAAUUCUUUUAUUAUUUAAUUCAUUAAUUUAUUUUAUUUUAUUAUGUUUUUUUUUUUUUUUGAAACUCUUUUAUUUUAUUAUGUAAGAGUAAAAUACUAGAAUCUGUGUAAUAUUCAGGAAUCAUACUGUCUAGUGAGACAAAAAGAAAUCAUUCCUAAAUCCUCAUACUCUCAUAGCAUGAUUUGUUUCUGAGGUUUUGUUUUAUAUGGAAUAUAAGAUUCUGAUGGAAUGUAAGACAAGAAGUUGGCACUUGUA